CAAAAGGACUAUCGUUAGGGUUCCGAUCUCCGGAGGGGGAAAACAGAGCGAGUCGAAGGAACCACUAAAAUGGUCUGCGAGAAGUGUCAGAAGAAGCUUUCAAAGGUGAUUGUGCCGGAUAAGUGGAAGGAAGGUGCUAGCAACACAACCGAAGGCGGUGGCCGCAAAAUCAACGAGAAUAAGCUCCUCUCGAAGAAGAAUAGGUGGACUCCAUAUGGAAAUACAAAGUGCAUGAUUUGCAAGCAGCAAGUGCACCAAGAUGCCAAGUAUUGUCACACUUGUGCUUAUUCUAAAGGAGUAUGUGCCAUGUGUGGUAAGCAAGUGCUUGACACCAAGUUUUACAAGCAAAGCAAUGUAUAGUGAAUGUCAGCUUGGUCUUGAUCAUUUGAUAUUGUAAUUGCUCUGUCAUUGGUAACUCACUAACUCUAAAUUACCCUUGUUGUUAAAGAUCCAGAACUUUUAAUGUCUAUGUUAUAAACUUGAUGAGCAGUCUUUCUUUAUCUACUGAUUGGAGCUGUAGCAACAUAAAAGUAAUUUCCUUCA